GGUGCAAUCUCUCUCUCUCUCUCUCUCUCUCAACAGUAAGUAUCACAGAUCACAGUUCAUCUAUACAUCCCCUUUAUUUAAGUUAUUCAUUUCACCCCAGCCAGCCUUAUUCACUUCUUCAUUUCCUGUCAUCCAAAUACUAGUACACACAGUAAAAGGAGGAGAAAAAUGUCAAGUUCAGGCACUUCAUUUUUGAGGCAGCUGAGUGGGAAAGAUGCAUGGAAAUCAACAUCAAAGAGAUGGGGUGGAAGCAACAAUAACAAGAGAAACAAUGUUGGUGGACAAGGCAAGUUCUGGAAGCAGCAAAUGGAUGAAAAUAAUAUUAUGUAUGGUAGUGAAAGUGGAGGGCUAGUGAUGAAAAAGAGAGUGAUGGUUGUUGUGGAUCAAUCUUCUCACUCAAAACAUGCUAUGAUGUGGGCACUCACUCAUGUUACUAACAAAGGGGAUAGUCUCACUUUGCUUCACAUUGUUCCUCCUCAUUCUUCUGAAGUUUCCUUUGAAUCUCCUCACCUGGCUUCUUCUCUUGCUUCACUCUGCAAAGCUUGCAAACCAGAGGUUGAAGUGGAAGCACUGUGGAUGCAAGGACCAAAGCUAGGCACAGUGAUGAGCCAAGUGAAGAAGCUAGAUGUGUCUGUUCUUGUGCUGGGUCAGAAGAAGGCCUCUCCACUCUUUACUUGCUUGUGUGGGAGGAGCAGCAGGGAGAAAUUUGUGGAAGAAUGCAUAAACAAUGUGGAGUGCUUGACAAUAGGAGUGAGGAAGCAGAGUCAAAGCAUUGGUGGUUACCUAAUCAGCACCAGAUGGCAGAAGGAUUUCUGGCUCUUGGCCUAAGGGAUUUUACUUAACUUUAUUAUGCAAGUAAAUGAGAUUGUAAUAAUUUCAGUAGUAUAUUAAUGGUCUUAUUAACUAGACUAGUCUCCUGUAGCAUUCCCAACAAGUAAAUAAUGCUACUGCUCCAGUCUGUAAUCACACCCCUCUUUAACUGCUGCUACUAAUCAGAUCUACUGUAGAGACUAAUGGGAAUUAAUAU